UCAUGGUGCAGCGGAGGAGGCGGGGACACUUAGCAGACGGCAAAGGGGACUUGCUGCCCGGAAGUUUAAAAAAGGAGACGCAUGCGCCUUGGGCGAGAUGUUCCCACUUUCUUGAGCUUGGAGCAGAGGAUGCGUGGAGCGGAGCGACGACGAUCGAUUGUGCGGACUUCGGCUUGUGCUGUCCGGUUUUGGAUGGAGGCGUCUCGGAGAGCGUCUCUGAUUGAGUCCCUGUCCGCCGUCGUCUGGGCACCUCUCGGGAAGGACGCCUUUUAAGUGCGGGGCUCCGCUGGCUGUAAUUAGUUCCCUGCAGGAGGCGGUUGAAUCACGGCGUGGCUUAAGAGUGGAAAGUCCUCGGGGCCGAGUUCAGUGGUGGUGCGGUUGUUUAGUCCUAUCCUGGCUGAGCUCGUAACUCUGAAGAAGAGCUGGGAGGUGAGCUCGAAAACGCGCAUCCUACAAUGACAGAUCGACCCUACUCAGAAGUAAACCCCACCUAGUUCAGUGGAACUUGUUUCCAAUCACUAUAGGCUCUGCCUGAGCUCACCCUCUAAGAAGGCACAUCCCCCAAGACUGCUUGUGCACACUCAGAUUUCAUCUCCCUGUCACUUUUGAGAGCUCCUAAUAAAAGCAAUGGAGGAAGCCGGCGCUGUGGAGGAAGGAGAAGUGACCUCGGGGAUGCAGUCCCUGGCAGUAGAAGAUGGGCCAGCCUCAGAGCUGGCCACCCCGACGGAGGAACAAGACGAGGCACCUGCAGAAGCAGAGGGGGAACAGGCGGGAGAGGGGGGCGAAUCUGCCGAGGAGGAUUGGUGCGUGCCGUGCAGCGAUGAGGAGCUGGACUCCCCAGACAACUGGAUGCCUCCCCCCGAGGAGAUCCGGCGCCUCUACGAACAGAUUGCUGCCCAGGGGACGCUAGAGAUCCAGGCGGAAAUCUUGCCCCGACGCAACCCCACCCCGGAGCCCAACAGUGAAGAUGAGGAUAAAUCCGACGGACAGCCCGACAAUCAGGAAGAAGAGGAAGAAGAAAAGCCUCACGUGCCGACAGAGUUCGACUUUGACGACGAGCCAAUCUCACCCAAAAAAUCCUUGAUCGAUCGGCGGAGGACCCCUGGGACUUUGGCGAAGAGCCAGAAGAGGGAGGCCCGCCUGGAUAAGGUGUUGUCCGACAUGAAGCGCCACAAAGUCUUGGAGGAGCAGAUCAUGAAGACCGGCAGGGACCUCUUUGACCUCGACUCCGAUGACGUGCCCACUCCCAAAAGGCCACCGGGUCUUUUCUUGCGCCAGCGCAAAUAUUGACAGUAAUGGGGGGGGGGGGUUUCCAAUGGAACUAAGGGCUCCUGAGUUCUUGAACGUAACAGCAAAUGAAUACAUUGCCACCAUAGUCAAGACACAGCUCAGAUCUUGCACUGGCUGCAGGAGGUAUUUACUUGGGAGUUAUCCAGGGACAAUAAAACUCCAUGAGUUUUUUUGACUUGUUGAUAUCUA